CACACGUCUGCUCCGAGAAGAAGACAACGACGUUGUUCUGCACGCGUACGCGCACGUAAUUCGCGUGCGAAUUCUGUGAUCGUAUGAGACGGAGGAAGUUCCGGUCGACGUGACAAAUGGGAUGCCUGGGAAGUAUGUGCGGUGCGACCGUGUCGGAGAAUGAUGUCACCGGAUUGAAAGAAUCUGAUGCCUAUUAUAAGGAAUAUAAUAAGGCAAUCAAGUUGAUAUUACUCGGAUCAGGAGAGUCAGGGAAAAGCACAAUUACAAAGCAAAUGAAGAUCAUCUUCAUCAAUGGAUUCGACGAUGAGGAAAGAAAAGCAAAAAUCAGGGACAUCAGGAAUAACAUAUUAGAGUCACUCUUCCUUGACAGGAUAGAGACGGUGCGACAGGAAGACUACAUUCCUUCCGACCAGGAUAUUCUUCAAUGCCGUGUCCGCACUACCGACAUCUCCAAGAUCGAGUUCAUAGUUUCCGUUCCGAGAUCUAUGGGCGGAGGCAAGGCAGCCUUCUGGAUGUAUGGACGUCGGGCGGGCAGCGCGCGAGAGCACGCGCAAGUGGAUCUACAUGUUGAAGGGGUACACGCCGUCAUCUUUGUCGUCGACGCUAGCAGCUUCGACCUAUGUCAGAGAGACCCGACGAGAAACCGACUGAGAGAGGCCCGUUGAAAUUGUUCGGGCCAGGUUUGCGGCAUGACAAGGUAUCUUCUUGCCGUAGAUAUCAUCAUCUUCUUUAACAAGCAAGACGUGCUACGACAGAAAAUCGGAAAGGGAGUGCGAAUAGAGGACUACUUCCCAGAAUACACUGCGUUCUGCAGGGACAGAGGAAAUGAAGAUCCAGUGAACAACGCCAGCGAGUUCAUUACGCAAUUGUUUUUUGAGAUCGUCAAGCGACCGAAGCGAAUGUCGGUGGACAUUGACAGCCGUAAACAGAGUCUGUUCACGGACCGGAUCGUGUUCCGUCACUACACGACAGCAGUUGACACCGACAACAUCAAGCGCGUCUUCAAAGACUGUCACACGAGCAUCAUCAACAAACAUCUGUCGGCCGUCGCGCCUCAGAUCUAAGGACGGAAACGCGUGGCGGGCGGCAGACUAAGAUCUAGGAUCCGACGAAUCCAGGAUUAACUCGCCCCCGAAAGUCACAACUAACCCAUCUGUCGGAAUAACCAGCUCGAAUAUCAUUGCUAGGUUGAUCAUGCAGACAUGCUAGCAACCUCUCGCUCGUGUUUUCCUCGCGUCCAUGCCAAAACAACAACUUUGCGCCACUUCGUUGCCAAGCCAUUGUUUUUAGGACGCCGUAUCGGAUUGCUGAUUGGCUAAAUCGCCUGUCAAUCAUGUAAAUCUGUUCGGUCUGUCGUACUAGGCUGAUAAGAUAGGUGAACGUUUUCAACGAUUUGAUGAAUGAUAGGCCAGUAGGAUAACCAAAACUGACGGCUACUCGAAUGGAAAAAGUACUAGCUAGCAUAGACAGAACGCUUAACUUAGCUGAAAAUCAAUGAGAGCUACAAUGUUGCUUUGUAACCGUCUAAUCGUAUACGCUCUCUGUGUGUGUAGCCUGUGUAAUUCGUCUGCAGUGACUACGUCAUCAGGUUAGACAGCACAAGUAGGCUCAAGAGGGAACGAUCAGUAACGACGAGUGUUAAAAUCUCUAAAGUCGUGUCUUUAGUUCCCAUUGAUAGCGCGCGGUCAUGUUAUAGUGCCAUCAUCGAAUGCCAAAAUCACGUCAAGGUAGCAUCAUGGCAUUGUAACAUUCUGUCACGGUGGUGUGAUGUAACAGUAAAAUCAUGUAACGCUAAUAUCAUGUAAUAGUAAUAUCACGGCAUGUUAUCAUCACGUAGCAGUAACGUUAUUUCCUGGCAGCAUCA